AUAUCGGUUGAGAAAAAGCGCCGGCUCUUACAGCUUGGGUUGAUUGCUUCCGUUGAACAACUCGAGGGUUUUCAAGCGACCUCAAGUUUUAUUGUACAAGUUAUGAUAAUGCAAACGGUGCACCGUACAUAAUUUGACGUCAAGGACGUCUAAACGGUCGUGUGCCUUGUUCUUUAUCGCAUUCGUCUGAUGCCUCGCCUCGAGGAGCUCGUAACUGUACACGAGGAUGCGAUGGCGACUGGGCAGAAUUUACCAGCCACUUUUUCCGCGCAGAUAAUUCCAAUGUCUGCUCUACAAGUAUCACCUCCACAACCGCAUACCCCGCGGGGGUCUUGUGUCACUCAAUCACCACCAACCAACGAGGUAGAGAAUUCACAGCAAGCGCACGAUAUGUUCUCGCCGCGUUCGCCACCUCAUGCCGAUGAUCAUUCAUUGCAGUCGCAUCAACCGAUCAUACCCAAGCGGAGAAUAUUUUCGUUUGCGUCUCCCGUGUUGGAAAAGUACAACCCGGGUCUUACUCUUCAGAACUCCGGAAGUGUCGCCAGAGACCAUCUUGCAUCAGAGCGGACCUUUCUGGCCUACGUCCGAACCAGCCUCACAAUUACCUCAAUGGGUGUUGCACUCGUUCAACUGUUCACCAUCGCGGCGACGUCUCAGGAGAAUAUUGAAAAAUACUCACGUCCGUUAGGCGGCAUUAUCAUCAUACUUGGGCUGAUUACCCUUGCAAUCGGAGUCUUCCGGUACUUCGUCAUCCAGCGAGCUCUCGUGGAAGGGAACUUUCCCGCUGCUCGAAUCAGCCCGUUACUACUAUCACUCGCACUGUUGGCAAUCAUCGUGGUACUCUUCGGCAUUUUGCUAGCUGUCAGGGACUAACUCGAGGAUGAAUUCUCCCAAUCUGUGGCCAUAUACCAUUGUACCCUCUAAUACCCCCUACGACCCGGCGAAGUGAUCAAAGUUGUCUGAUAAUGGACAUGUUGCGAGCAAUCAUUGGCACCUCAUGCGUGUAUGCAGCGCGCAUGCUUCAAAGACGAAUGGAUCCCCUUCUUUUCAUA